AGUCUCAGCGUCCCGCUCGCUUGGAGAGAGGUGCCUCUUUUCCCUCUCCCUCUCCUUAAGAGUUGUCUGCUGGUUCUCAGCUUGAAGAAGAUUCUACAGUCCUUAUUGAUCCUUUUUCUUGGCGUUACCAUUUUUUGAAGCAAAGUUAACCUAGUUUUCUAGUUUGAGCUUUCUUUUUGGCCAUCUUCUAAAAAAAUUUUUUUAAAUCUAUAAACUAGACAAGAGAUAGUUCUACAAUGUCCAAGUCAUUCCAGCAGUCAUCUCUCGGUAGGGACUCGCAGGGUCAUGGGCGUGACCUGUCUGCAGCAGGAAUAGGCCUUCUUGCUGCUGCUACCCAGUCUUUAAGUAUGCCAGCAUCUCUUGGAAGGAUGAACCAGGGUACUGCACGCCUUGCUAGUUUAAUGAAUCUUGGAAUGAGUUCUUCAUUGAAUCAACAAGGAGCUCAUAGUGCACUGUCUUCUGCUAGUACUUCUUCCCAUAAUUUGCAGUCUAUAUUUAACAUUGGAAGUAGAGGUCCGCUCCCUUUGUCUUCUCAACACCGUGGAGAUGCAGACCAGGCCAGUAACAUUUUGGCCAGCUUUGGUCUGUCUGCUAGAGACUUAGAUGAACUGAGUCGUUAUCCAGAGGACAAGAUUACUCCUGAGAACUUGCCCCAAAUCCUUCUACAGCUUAAAAGGAGGAGAACUGAAGAAGGCCCUACAUUGAGUUAUGGUAGAGAUGGCAGAUCUGCUACACGGGAGCCACCAUACAGAGUACCUAGGGACGAUUGGGAAGAAAAAAGGCACUUUAGAAGAGAUAGUUUUGAUGAUCGUGGUCCUAGUCUCAACCCAGUGCUUGAUUAUGACCAUGGAAGUCGUUCUCAAGAAUCUGGUUAUUAUGAGAGAAUGGAUUAUGAAGAUGACAGAUUAAGAGAUGGAGAAAGGUGUAGGGAUGAUUCUUUUUUUGGUGAGACCUCGCAUAACUAUCAUAAAUUUGACAGUGAGUAUGAGAGAAUGGGACGUGGUCCUGGCCCCUUACAAGAGAGAUCUCUCUUUGAGAAAAAGAGGGGCGCUCCUCCAAGUAGCAAUAUUGAAGACUUCCAUGGACUCUUACCGAAGGGUUAUCCCCAUCUGUGCUCUAUAUGUGAUUUGCCAGUUCAUUCUAAUAAGGAGUGGAGUCAACAUAUCAAUGGAGCAAGUCACAGUCGUCGAUGCCAGCUUCUUCUUGAAAUCUACCCAGAAUGGAAUCCUGACAAUGAUACAGGACACACAAUGGGUGAUCCAUUCAUGUUGCAGCAGUCUACAAACCCAGCACCAGGAAUUCUGGGACCUCCGCCUCCCUCAUUUCAUCUUGGGGGACCAGCAGUUGGACCAAGAGGAAAUCUGGGUGCUGGAAAUGGAAACCUGCAAGGACCAAGACACAUGCAAAAGGGCAGAGUGGAAACUAGCCGAGUUGUUCACAUCAUGGAUUUCCAGCGAGGGAAGAAAUUGAGAUAUCAACUAUUACAGCUGGUGGAACCAUUUGGAGUUAUUUCAAAUCAUCUGAUUCUAAAUAAAAUUAAUGAGGCAUUUAUUGAAAUGGCAACCACAGAAGAUGCUCAGGCUGCAGUGGAUUAUUAUACAACCACACCAGCAUUAGUAUUUGGCAAGCCAGUGAGAGUUCAUUUGUCCCAGAAGUAUAAAAGAAUAAAGAAACCUGAAGGGAAGCCAGACCAGAAGUUUGAUCAAAAACAAGAGCUUGGACGUGUGAUACAUCUCAGCAAUUUACCUCAUUCUGGCUAUUCUGACAGUGCUGUCCUCAAGCUUGCUGAGCCUUAUGGGAAGAUUAAGAAUUAUAUACUGAUGAGGAUGAAAAGUCAGGCCUUUAUUGAGAUGGAGACCAGAGAAGAUGCAAUGGCAAUGGUUGACCACUGUUUGAAAAAGGCUCUUUGGUUUCAAGGGAGAUGUGUAAAAGUUGACCUGUCUGAAAAAUACAAAAAAUUGGUACUCAGGAUUCCCAACAGAGGCAUUGACUUACUGAAAAAAGAUACGUCCCGGAAAAGAUCUUACUCUCCAGAUGGCAAAGAAUCUCCAAGUGAUAAGAAAUCCAAAACUGAUGGUUCCCAGAAGACUGAAAGUACAACCGAAGGUAAAGAACAAGAAGAGAAAUCAGGAGAAGAUGGUGAAAAAGAUACAAAGGAUGACCAGGCAGAACAAGAACCUAACAUGCUUCUUGAAUCUGAAGAUGAGCUACUUGUAGAUGAAGAAGAAGCAGCAGCACUGCUAGAAAGUGGCAGUUCAGUGGGAGAUGAGACAGAUCUUGCUAAUUUAGGGGAUGUGGCAUCUGAUGGGAAAAAGGAACCUUCUGACAAAGUUGUGAAAAAAGAUGCAAAUGCGAGUGCUUCAGCAACUGCGAAGAAAAAGCUUAAAAAGGUGGACAAGAUCGAGGAACUUGACCAAGAAAACGAAGCAGCGUUGGAAAAUGGAAUUAAAAAUGAGGAAAAUACAGAACCAGGUGCUGAAUCUGCUGAGAACGCUGAUGAUCCCAACAAAGAUACAAGUGAAAACGCAGAUGGCCAAAGUGAUGAAAACAAGGAGGACUAUACAAUCCCAGAUGAGUAUAGAAUUGGACCAUAUCAGCCCAAUGUUCCUGUUGGUAUAGACUAUGUGAUACCUAAAACAGGGUUUUACUGUAAGCUGUGUUCACUCUUUUAUACAAAUGAAGAAGUUGCAAAGAAUACUCAUUGCAGCAGCCUUCCUCAUUAUCAGAAAUUAAAGAAAUUUCUGAAUAAAUUGGCAGAAGAACGCAGGCAGAAGAAGGAAGCUUAAGAUGUGCAAGAAGCUUAAUGAUUUCAAAGAAAAUAAUGGUUCUUUGUUUUUAAAUGUUAACCUUUUUUAAAUACAAUACAGAUAGUUAGAAGAAAACUAUUGUACUCUUUUGUUAUAGUGGAAAAAUAAUAGAUGUCUGUUCAUGUGUUAAGUGUUAUAGCAAAAAUACAUAUACGGUUAAGUUAAUGAAGAAUUGUUUUUGUUUUAUCAAAAUGGUAACAGACAGAAAUACUUGGUAGAGACUGACUUCAUAUGCUACUUAAGACACUUGCACCACUAAGAAAGAUAGGUAGAAACAUUCAGAGAAAUGAAAUUUAGUAGUUCCAAGCUUCAAAGAAAUGUCAAAACUUUUGAUUCCAUUCAAUAAAGAACAAAACCAAUUGUAUUUUUAUUACUUUCAUCUGAAACAUUCCACAUUUUAAUCUGAGCCUUGCAGACUUUUCAUUUGCAGUUCGAAGCAUUUUUUGUUUUGUUUCAUUUUUUGAGAACUUCAUUAAUGUGAGAUUGGUAAUUAAAAUGCAGGUGCAGUUUUCUUUUAAUGUCAUGCUGUUUAGGUAAUAAGAAAUAUUAAGUAAUUGGCUUUAGAUUUUGUAAUUUUUUCCCUAAGUUCCUGCUAGAUUUCGUAUUCUAGUAGUCAGUGUAUUUUUCAGUGAAAUAUAAAAAUAUUCCCAUUCUCUUUGACCAGUAUUAAUUUCUUGAGAUAUUGCUUGUCACUUGAAUCCUGUAGCUGUCAUACAUCUGGUAUAAGCACAUUUGAUUUUUGAAGUGUGUAGACCAUCUCUUCAUAUUUUCAAGAUGUAAUUUUACAUUUCUGCAUUUUAAAAACAGUUUGGCCAUAAUCUUAGACGCACGCUUCUAAUUCAUAUACUGCAUAUGUGACCUUUGUGAACAGAAAUUUGCAUGUAUAAUCUGUGUUUACUUGUAACUUUCUGCUUAUAUACUGCUUAUAUCUGUGGAUUCAAGUUUCUGAAGUGAGUACCAAUAAAAAAAAAAACCUAGGCCAUGUUCAUUGGU